GGAGAUUCCCAGUGAGGGGGACACACAAAACCCAUCAUUGAACCCGGAGCCAGGAGCAGAGACCCAGUGUGCAGAGUGUGUGUGUGUGCGGGUGGACGUGGCGGGACCGAGGCGGACAGCAGCGAGUGUACCGGAGGAAUGAAGUUGAGCAGUAAAGGGUUUAUUUUCUAUCAGAGGAAUCCACUAGCAUGCUUUUCAACUUGAAAUUUAUGGAUGUUACAGGAUGAAACGUCUCAGGUCCUCAAGCAGCAGCGACAGCUCUGACAAUGAGAGUCCAUCAACCUCCUUCUGCUCUUCCAACAAGUAUGGCGGCAAACCUGAAACCCCCGUCUCCAACCCGAAGAAACCGGCUGAAGUGUUCAGAAAAGACCUGAUUAGUGCCAUGAAGCUGCCAGACUCGCACCAUGUCUCCCCAGAGGACUACUACCUGCUGGCAGACACCUGGAAGCAGGAGUGGGAGAAGGGAGUCCAGGUGCCAGCAAGUCCGGACACCAUCCCAGAGCCGUCCGUCAGGAUUGUUGUGGAGAAGCCCAAGGAAGUCCUGUACACCCACCAGAGGAAGUACAUUCAGUGCUCUUGUCAGGAGUCAACUGAACCAGGUUAUGUCAACAUCAAGGAGCUGGCAGAGGCCAUGUGUCGCUACGAUCUGGAUGACAUGGACCUUCACUGGCUGCACGCACUCAACCGAGAGCUGGACCGCAUGGGGGAGGAACCCAUAGAUGAGCUGACGAUGGAGCGCACCAUGGAAGCCCUGGAGAGGCAGUGCCAUGGCAACAUGAAACACGCCAUCGAGACAGUGGAGGGUCUGGGGAUUGAGUACGACGAGGACGUUAUCUGCGACGUGUGCCGCUCCCCGGACAGCGAAGAGGGGAAUGACAUGGUGUUCUGUGACAAGUGCAACAUCUGUGUGCACCAGGCCUGUUACGGCAUCGUCAAAGUGCCCGUUGGAAACUGGCUGUGUAGGACGUGCGUCCUCGGCAUCGACCCGCAGUGCCUUCUGUGUCCCCAGAAGGGCGGCGCCAUGAAGGCAACACGUGCCGGCACCAAGUGGGCACAUGUGAGCUGUGCCCUGUGGAUACCAGAGGUGAGCAUUGCGUGUCCUGAGAGGAUGGAGCCCAUCACCAAAGUCUCCCACAUCCCACCCAGCCGCUGGUCUCUCAUCUGCAGUCUGUGUAAACUGAAGACCGGUGCAUGCAUCCAGUGCUCUGUAAAGAACUGCACCACUCCCUUCCAUGUGACAUGUGCCUUUGAGCACAGCCUGGAGAUGAAGACCAUCUUAGACGAAGGGGAUGAAGUCAAGUUCAAGUCGUUCUGCCUCAAGCACAGCAAAUCCAAACCCGGGGAGGCCAGCCUGAGCCCGGCCCGCUCCAAACCCCCCAUAGAGGUGGUGAAGGUGGGCCAGCGGGCGCAGAGACUACAUGAGCUGGAGGAGGAGUUUUUCAGUCUGAUCCAGCCGGACGAGCUGGCGCGGGCCCUCGGGCUCUCUCAGCGCUUGGUGGACUUCAUCUACCAUUACUGGAAACUGAAGAGGAAAGGGAGCUUUAACAAAGCUCUGCUGCCCCCUAAAGAAGAGGAGGAGAACCUGGUGCUGCAGCCUCAGGAGGACAGCAUCCAUACACGCAUGCGGAUGUUCAUGCACUUGCGACAGGAUUUAGAGAGGGUGAGGAAUCUGUGUUACAUGGUGAGUCGGCGGGAGAAGCUGAAGCUGCUGCAGAGUAAAUCCCAGGAGCAGAUGUUUAACUUGCAUCUGCAGCUAAUGAACCAGGAGCAGUCUGCGGGCCUUCCUGCUUCAUUCCCAGUGGAGAGUACACUGUUCCGUCCUCCUCCGCGGAUUACUCUAAAGCUUAAAAUGCCCAAAGCUUCAAAUCUUGGAAAUGGAAAUAGCAGUUCCAAAUCUGGUAAUGGGCCACUGUGUCCGGACAAUAGGGGUAAUGUUUCAGAAUACACAGGUGAGGGGCUUGGUCAGGGGAAACCUCAAAUGCACGGCCGUGUUCGGCGAGACGAGCGAUCCAUUGGCCGACUGGCUUCCUCGAGCCACUCCAUCAUCCCGACACUGCCUGUUAAACCAACCGGCAAACCGCUAUCCCUACACGCUGCACUGCACGGCCACUCGUCCCACAGCAACGGCAAGCUGGACCAAGACCGAGCAAAGGCUAACGGCCGCCUAGAGAAGUUUGCGGCUCAGAGGGACAGCUCCUGCCAGACUCCCAUUCACCAGGACACCGCAAACGACAAGGGCAGCUUUCGCAAGUCUGCCAUCGAGCACUUCGGCAGGUCAUUCAAAGAGGCGACCAUUAACCUGGUACGGACCACAGAGGACCUGAGGGCCUCUGACAAACUGUCCCGCAAAGUGUCUGCCAAGGAGAGACUGUGGGCGAAACCCGUGACUGAACACAAGGUGAAAAGCGCGCGAUCGUACCAGGACAGUGACGGAUACUGUCCCGACCUGGAGCUCAGUGACUCAGAGCCAGAGGCCAAAGGGCGGCACCCACGGCAGGUUGACACUCCAAGGGAAGGGGUCAGUCGGGGGAAACAGUCGCUGGGCUCCCGACACCCCAUGCAAAGGUGACAGCUGUAUUUUCUUUCUUUUUUUGUUAUUGUCGUAGUUUUUUUUUUACUCUUCUCACUGCCACUGAUGUCUCCUGACCCUCUGGCAGACUUCCUAAGUGCCAGGCUGCCUCUCUGAACACAUUUCAAUCAGGGACCAGACCAAGACCCAGCGCUCACGUUGCUGUUCACACGAACCAGAAGAUGUUUGACGGGUGUUGUCGUUGAUAGCGGCCCAGUAGAGUUCACGGAGAAGCGUAGCUGUUACAGUAUUGAUUUAACAGGAACAAAUCUGUCUUCUGAGAUUAUCAUGCUUGCCUUUUUGUUUGUGGCCAGCAUCACAUUUUGUAUUAAACAGCCCUGUUCCCCUGUACACAGGUUCAAUCUGCCUUUGAAAAAAAAAAACUGUUGUACAUACAUUGUUCAAAUUGGGAUGUAAAUGUUGUGUAACUGAAACACAUGUUCCACUUAAUUGAUCCUUCACUGUCACUGUGGCCAGAUAUUAAAACUGAAACGGCUAAUGGGAAUCCUGUAGAGAACUCCAGCAUCUACUCCACCUGUUUCCAUUGCUUUCCUCAAAGGUGACUGACAUGGUGGUUUUUACCAUCGUCAAAUAGUGGAGUCAUGUAAUUCUAAAACAUGAAUGCCUUUUGUGUAGGAUUACACUUUCCCACAGUGAGGACCUUCAGUUUUUGCAGGUGGUUAAACAAUCAGGUUCUUGCCCAUAAGGGAGAAAAUGCCAGAAAAUAUAACUACAUCCAUCGGGAAUGACUUGAAACGGGAUGCAUAAGGGCAAAGACUGAAUACAGCUCUUUCCUCAGAUAGUAACAUGGUCAGUCUUUAUAACAGCUGUUUUAUUUUUAUUGAAAAUUGAGGAGCUUGCCAAAUAUGAACCAAUUUUUAAUACAAAAAACUUUAUUUUAUUUAAUAAAAAAAGCCGAACGUCUCUAAAGCAGCCGUGACGUUAUAAAAACAGCUGUACAAAAACUGCCUAAAUAACAAACAUUGUAAAAGUUGACCAAACUAUGAUUUAAAGAGGACAUGUGAUCACACAGGGCAGCAUGGGGGUGCGGCGGUUAACACUACUGCUUCACAGCAAGAAACUGGGGUCACAUUGGAUUAAUCCGGAAACUUCAGCUUCCUCCCACAAUCCCCCUCCCAAACACAUACAGGUGUAGCUUAGGUUAACUGGAGACUGUACUUUGACUGAAGGUAUGGGGUGAAUGGUUGUUUGCCUCUGUAUGUCGGCCCUGUGACGCUCUGGGGACCUGUCCAUGGUGUACGUCAGGGUGAAUCCUGCAUCUCGUCCAAUCUCAGCUGCGAUUGGCUCCAGCUCCCUCAGAACUCACAAAAGUAGAAGCUGUAUAGAUGAAGAACGAAUACCAGUCCUUAUGCCUCCAUGCAAACGACAGCUGUGGAGACAAGUUUCCAUUUUGUCCAACCCUCAAACCCAUUGUUGUGAACACAAUAUCUCAGGUUCGCCAUGGUGUAACUUCCUCUAAUUUGGCACAAAUGUUCACUUGGACUCCAGGAUGAGAGAGGUUCAGUAUUUAUUUGUCAAAGGUCACUUUGAUCUCACAAUGAUCUUAACCAUUUUGGCAAUAAGAAUUACAGCAGAGUGAUCAUGGGUGCAGGGAGGUCUGGUUAUGUAAUAUAAUUCAACACCAUAACUAUGACAGAAUAAAAGACUGUUAGCAUAUUUCACAAAAACAAUUGUGGUAUUUGUUUGGAACCCAGCUGCAGUAUUCACGUAGCAUAAUUCAGGUGUAAUUAUAUAUUUUUUCAAAUACACCAAUAAACACAGUUGAAAUAAACAGUUGCAAAGUGGGUGUUACACCUGAGGUUCCAUUCAGAACAAGGUUGAGUAAAAUCACCUUCUCAAAUGAGGGAAGAGGAAGUAGGUGAAACUGAAUCGGUUUCCUCACCUCUAACACUAACUGAGAGCAGGGAGGUUCAUGCCAGUGAACGUUUCCAGAAGUAGACACACUACUUGUUCCGUAAACCAGAAACUUUAUAUGCUGAAGUGAAACAUGGUUUUCAGCUCUGACCUACGCUAUGUAAUCAUUUCACAACUGCAUUGUGUGUGUUUGAGUGACUUACCUCCUGUGUAGCAUCAACUAACACUGUCAAUGCAUUUUUGUUCAGUUCACCUUCUCAAAACAAACAGUCAAGACUGAUGUGGAUUGUCAAUGUAAAACAGGUGCACAAUUCAACACAUCCAACACAUUUUUUACCCAAAAAUAAUGGCCCACAUGCAUUUGAACAUGCAAUGUUAUGUUUCUCCUUUGGAAGGUAA